GUAAAUAGUACAUCAUUGGUCCAAUAGACGUUCGGUAUUUUAACGCAAACAAAAUGGCAGGCCAAAUCUCGGUUGACAUGGAACUGAAAAAGGCAUUCAGUGAGCUGCAGUCCAAGAUGAUCCAGUCUACGCAGCAGAUCAAAGUGUCUGAUAUGCAGAUAGAGACUCUGAAGAGAGGAAUUACACACUCCAAACUAGUCCUACAAGAAUUAACUGUUCUUCCCAACACAACUAGGAUCUAUGAAGGUGUAGGCAGAAUGUUCAUUCUACAACCUGCAGAUGAAGUUAGGAAACAUUUAGAAGACAAAAUAAGUACUCAUGAUGAGAAAAUAAAAACUGUACAAACUAACAAAACAUACCUGGAAAAGAACAUCAAAGAAAGCGAAGAUAAUCUCAGAGAACUUGUGCUAUCAAAGCGAAAAUGAAUUAACAUUGUUUAGGUGAAGUUCCUGAUAUAUGAUGUAUUUGACUGUGUUAUGUGAUGUGAAUAUGGAUCCUUGGUCCUGUUAGCUAAAAUGGAUUAUGUCGAUCUACAGACUUUAAAGAGACGAGACCAAAAACUCUAGAUUUCCUUUUCAACUGCAGGGGAUAUUAUAUUGCCAAAAUGUCUGCAAAUUCUAGAACCAAUCCUGAAUUUUCCAAAAUUGUGUUUAAAUUACUGUAGGUAUGCUCAUACAUGGACAGUAUAUUCAAUUCGAGUAUAUUAUUGUUUUAGUACAGUAUUCUGUCAGCAUGCCAUUUAAUCUUGAAAAAGCUAAUUUGUACCAACAUUCUUGAUACAUUUUUAUAAUUGAGGAUGUAUUAUGUAUGUGAGUGAAAUGUAUCACCAUUUUGUAAUAUAAUAAGAUAAAUACAAACAACUCGAAUUCAUAAAUAUCCAGUGUUAACUUUUUACUUUUAGGGACUCAAAUUCAAAACUAUCCAGUGUUUACUUUUAGGGACAUGAUCAUAUUGAUGCAUAUAUCAAUUCAAUUUAAUUAAAAAUCAAUCGUACAAUGUUUCAUAGAAUACAUGAAAAAUCCACCCCAGGGGGUGUUUCAUGGCUCAUUAGAUUUUCAACAAUCAUGUUUUAUUUGGAAACCAGAAGCAAUUUGAAUUUAUUUGAAAAAGAACUGAUGGAAGCACAAAGUAUCAC